GAAGCUUUUUAAACAAACGUUUCAUCACGUGACUGUGUGUUUAGAAAAUGGUUGCCCUUGCGUUAGCCCAGUAUGGAAGCGGGGCCGUUAUUACGGCGUUGUUGCAUCCAUUUGGCUAUGCAAAAGUGCUAAUGCAGGUUGGACAUGAACCUUUGGCACCAGAAAGUACUACAACAUUUUUGUUCCGCAAAGAUGUGUAUGUUUAUCCAAACAUCUUCAAGUAUCUUGGUCACAUCAAGAAGGUAGAUGGUUUUACUGGCCUGUAUAGAGGAGUCGUCCCAAGAAUUUUGGCAGGGACCGUUGGUAACUUGGUGCAAUAUAACAUCCAAGAUAGAAUAAAAUUACAUGAAAAGAAACCAAAGAAAAAAGGGAAAGAUGAACUUUCAAUCUUAGAUGGAGAUGAUGAAGAAUUUGUGCCUUGGUUAAAACAGUUUGCUAAAGAGACUUCAGAAGAUACACUUGGCAGAUGCUGUGGUGUUAUUGUCAGCCAUCCUUUCCAUGUCAUUAUGAUUCGGAGCAUGGUUCAAUUUAUAGGAAGAGAAACACAGUAUAAUUCCAUUUGGUCAUCAACAAAAGAAAUUUAUAACCAUGACGGCAUUUUAGGAUUUUUUUCAGGUCUGGUACCCCGACUGAUUGGUGAAAUUAUUGCCAUUUGGGUGACUAGUUUUCUAGCCAAGGUCAUCAACAAAUAUCUUAUUCAAGAAAAUGACCUAAAGUCCUACACUGGAGCUGCUUGUGGACUCAUUGUGUCCCAUUUCACAUAUCCUUUUACUCUUGUGACCAAUGUUAUGGCAGUAAAUGGAAGCGGACUUGCUGCUGGCUCAUAUCCUAAUAUGCCAUUGUAUAACAACUGGUGGGACUGCAUGAGGUACCUGUCAAGUGAAGGAGACCUUAAACGUGGGGCUAAUGCAUUCUGGCGCAUGUACAAACCCAAGCCUACCGUUCUAACCAAGAUGCGCCCAAAGCCUACAGUCGUAGCCCGUAAAGUAAAGUAGCUUUAAGAUCAAUAGAUAUUUGUGGGAUCAAGUUUGAAAGAAUGCAAUUUUGUAGUAAUUUAUUGUGAUGACUCUAAUUGUGAUUUUAUUUAAAUACUUUACAUUGAUCAAUGAAACCAUCUGUUAACAAAGAGUUAACAUCUUUUGUUGAUAAUGCCUCUUAUGUCAUUUUGUGGAACAAUAAUUGCAUGUAAUGAAGAGAUAAUAUUCUGAUUUAAUUUGAUGGGUGACAUCACGAUUGUAUCUGCACUAGAUUCAUGAUGUACAUACAAAUUAAUAUUGAUUUUUAUUUUUCUUCAAAUAAUUUACUUAUAAUGUUCAUUACUAAUCUAAAUAAAAGUCAUGCAUAUUAAA